AGCUGGGCCUGCUGCUGCUGCUGCUGCUGCUGCGAAGGUGCCGGCUGCUGGUGGUUCGCUCCUGGCCGCUGAUGUGGCUGAAGAGGAGAUGGACGACAAGCAGUACGACGUGCUGGCGCGGGAGAUGAUUUUUGACAUCCGCGCCAAGCCGGGGGAGCGCAGCAAGACGGCAGAGGAGGCGGCAGAGGCGGAGAGGGCGCGGCUGGUGAAGCUCGAGGCUGCAAGGAAGCGGAGGAUGGACGGGGAGCCCAGUGAUGAUGAGGAGGGGGAGGAGGGUCGAGUGAGGAGGAGGGCGGGAGGGGGAGGAAGAAGCGGCAGAGAAAAAAGACCAAGAGGGAGGUCUCUGGGGACGAUUUGGGAGAGAAUUUCGUGCUUGAUGAGGAGGAUGAGGAGGAUGAGGAGGGCGGGAGGGAGAAGAAGGGGUGGGUGUAUGACGUGCUUGCUCAGAGAGAGGAGGAGGAGGAGAGUGGGAGUGAGGGGGAGGAGGGGAGUGGGAGUGAGGAAGACGAGGAAGAGGAGGAUAAGGAGGAGAAUUUAGCUGACGUGGAGUGGGAGCAGAGUGACGAGGAGGCAGGAGGCGAGAGAGGGGAGGUUAAGCGGGGCCGGUAGGGGAUAGGGCGGUUAAGCAAGGAGGGGAGGAGAGUGAAGAGCUUGAGGAAGGGGAGGAGAGGGAGGAGGGGGAGGAGAGUGAUGAGGAGGACGAGGAAGCGGAGGCGGAGGGGAAACCGUCGACACAACAGCAGCAGCAGCAGGGGAAAGUGGUGGGCCCAGGGACGAUGGAGGAAGAGGAAGAAGAGGAAGAGGAGGAGGAGGAAGAGGAGGAGGAGGAAGAGGAGGAGAGGAGGGGAGGAGGAGGAGGAGGAGAUGGAGCGCAUAGAGCGGGUGUUCCGUCGGCGCGAGUUGCCGUACGUGAUAGAAGCCCCCAGCAGUUGAAGGACCUGCAGCAGCUGUUAGAGGGGCGCGCAGCACCAGAGGUGGGGUGGCCAUCGCGCGCAUCCGCGCGUGCAACGCGGCGCACCUGUCCCCCGACAACAAGCGCAAGAUGCAGAUCUUUUACAACGUGCUCCUGCAGUACUUUGCGUCGCUGGCUAGCGAUAGCUCUCCCGUGUAUCAGCAGCAGGGGGAGGAUCAGCGGGGGAAGAAGCAGAAGCAGCAGCACCACCAGGAGCAGCAGCAGCAGCAGCAGCAAGGGAGCAGGCAGCAGGAAAAGCCGCAAGCGGGGGAAAAGAAAGUGCAGAAGGGCGCGGAGCAGGGUGCGAAGGAGCAGGAGGAGGAGCCGACGAGUGCGCUGCAACAGAGGGCGCCGUCAGUGGCAGCGGCGCACAUCAACGUGCUCGUGCAGCCGCUGGUCGAGCUCUCCGCCUCCUUCCCCCUCUUCGCUGCCGUCUGCGCCCGGGAGAGGCUCGCCCGCAUGCAGAAACGCCUGGUGACCCGCCUCAAGACAGGAGAGCCAGCGUGGCCUACUGCCCGCACGCUCCUACUCCUGCGUCUCUGGGCGCUCAUCUUCCCCUCGUCCGACUUCCGCCAUCCCGUCAUGACGCCCGUGUCGCUGCUGCUGGGGCAGUUCCUCUCCUGCUGCCCUGUGCGCUCCACCAAGGACGUGGCUGCCGGGCUGUUCAUCUCCGCACUCCUGCUAAAUAUGGUGUCGCAGAGCCGUCGGUUCGUCCCAGAGGCGCUCAACUUCCUACACGCGCUGCUGUGGAGUGCUGUCGCCCCUGCGCUCAAACCACUCAAGCCCAAGGGCGUGCCCCGCUACAUGCUUCUACAGGUGUGCUCGCAGCAGUGGCUCUGGACCCCCUGUGGCGACGGCCACAACAGCCGCAAGCGCAAGCGCGAGCCACUAGAGGACAAGCCCGAGGCCCUCGAUUUUGACAGGAUCUUCCUCGGCCCUUCGAGCGCCCAUUCAAACCUUAUCACCGCUAGCACUACCACCACUACUACCACCACCGCUACUACCACUACUAACCCGUCGCCCUCCGCUCCUCCUGCUGCUCCUCCUGCCCCAGUGGGCGUGGAAGGCAGUGCAGCAGGGACCGUGGCAGAGGCCUACUUUGGUUCCGACGUCUUCAGGCUGAGCCUGCUGCUAGCGGUGCUCAAGACCCUGCGCUCCUUCGCGCUGCUCUACCGCCCCAUGCAGCCCUUCCCGAGAUCUUCUCCCCCUUCCUGCCCACCCUUGCCGCCCUGGCGGAAUCCGGGCAGCUGCCCGAGGAGAUAGAGCAGGAGCGGGCAGCGUGGGUGAAAGAUAUUGAGGGGGCAGUGGCGGAGGUGGAGGGGAGCAGGCAGCCGCUGCGGCUGAGGGUGAAGCGGGCCGUCCCAGCCAAGCAGUUCAAUCCUAAGUUUGAAACUGACUUUGCCCGGGGCAAGGACUACGACCCGAACAGGGAGAGGGCGGAGCAGAGGAAGCUACAACGGGCGAUCAAGCGAGAAGCCAGGGGAGCAGCAAGGGAGCUCGGAAGGACAACCACUUCCUCGCCGCCGCCCGCGCGCACGAGGCCACUGCAGCAGCAGAGGAGCGCGGGAGAAGAGCCAGCGGGCCAUGGCGUUUAUGGAGCAGCAGGCGCACCUCAUGUGGUCGGGGCAGCUGGGCAGGAAGAGGGGCGGUAGCAGCAGCGGCAGGGGCAGGCGCUAGAAGGGGAGAGGUGCUAAACGGGGAGAAGAGAUGCUAAGGAGACGGCGAGGUUAAGAAGAGGGUUUUUCGAGGGCAGCUGCUGCAGCAGUGGAGAAGCGCCGGACGAAGCCAUGGAUGUGGAAGAGGAUGAGGUGUCGAGGGAAUGGUUGUGUGAAAGUGGUCGUGAGAAUGGUCGUGUGAAGCUGACAUUUUGACUUGUGCAUGUGUGUGCAGUGGAUCUAACAUUGUUGGGUGUGGCUAGUGAGCAGUCUGCAUGUGGGUGUGGGAGGAAUGCCAGCUCCUUGUGCUGCAGGUACUGGUAUGUGCGUGCGCACAUGUGUGCAUGUGUUUGGGGAGUGUGAGUAUGUUCGUCUGUGAGGCAAGCAUUAAGACUUCGGUCACCCCAAGAAAAAACGUUUUGGUACGGUAUGGCACACUAACUUUGGUGUUACUGUGUGAACUGGUGACCUGAAGAGGAUUAAGGAGGGGCUGAGCGCCCAACAGUUGAAGGGUGCUGAUGGCAAUGUGUAGACAGUGGGAUGAUGUGCAGCUGAGGGUGGAGUUGGCAUGAAGGGAGCAUGGAGGGACCAUGGAGGGAGCAUGUAGCAUGGACACUUACCGUGGAGGGCAUUUCAGCGAGUAGAAUGGGCUCUUGAAGCGGCUUGGAUCAGCAAGGCACCUGCAACGGGGGGCGUGUGGAGGUUGGACGAAGCAUAAGAGGCAGGUUUUGGGAACUGCCCAAUGCAGGGAGUGGGAGGUGGUUGGAGGAUGGAAAUGGCUCUGCCUGUUGGUGGCACCGGGCAUGCUCGCUGUAUGGCUGCCGAUGCGGUUAUGUGACUGUAUGCAGUGCCAUGGUGCCACCUGCUGCUGCUGAUUCUGCCCUUUUUGUGUUCUGAAUGAGCCCAGGCAGUGAUUGCAUGUGGUACCGGUACUUCCUGCUGUGGCUGUGAUGUAAACUUUUCUUUCCUCGCGCUGCUUACCCCCUUUCUUACCCUCAUGAGCAUUCUGUCUACGCUGGACUGCGGAAUCUGCUGUGGUGGGGGUAGGCAUUUUUUUUCCUGUGGCUGCCGGGUGUUUGUACAUGUUGAUGUGUACAUGUACUACCACCCGGCAGCAUGCUUACUAUUCAUCGAACUGAAUGCAUGUAUUCUCCUGCUCUUUUGUUAUUUCACUGAACACUUAUUAAUUAGUCCUUGAAAUUGCCGUUU